AAUUCCUACUAUCUUACCUACUUUAGCUUGGUAGUUUCCAUCACCAGUCACUUCGUUAUCUUAAGUCUCUCGUGUUAGUGUGCAUCCAGCAAAGGUACAAUAUUGGAUAGGUUCUAUAAAAAUUUUGUAUUUUGUAUUUUGUAUUUUUUUUUAAAUUUUAUUUAAAAAAAAACAUUACAAAAAGCUUUGCCAAACAAAUCUUUUAGAAGUGGGAAAUUUGAAUGGGGCGGACGGCAUAAUUUUAUUGAGAGGCUGGUGAGGUGGUUGGUUUUUUUUCCUGUAUGAGAAGCAGACAAGUACUUGUUGAUCUGUUCCAAGCAUGUAACAAUGGCAGAUCAGUUUCCCAAUUGCAUUCUCAAGUAUUCAAGACUGGCAUUCUCCAUGACACUUUCUUCGCCACCAAACUCAAUUCCCUUUAUGCCAAGUACGCUUCCCUUCAAGCUGCACGCAAGGUGUUCGACGAAACGCCUCACCCAAACGUCCAUCUAUGGAACUCUACACUUAGGAUCUAUUGCAGAGAAAAAAAAUGGGAAGAGACUCUACGUCUUUUUCAUCUCAUGAUAUAUACGGCUGGGGAAGCACCUGAUAAUUUUACCAUACCCAUAGCUUUAAAGGCGUGUGCGGGUUUACGGAUGCUUGAGUUGGGCAAAGUGAUACAUGGGUUUGCUAAGAAGAAUGAUGAGAUUGGUUCUGACAUGUUUGUGGGUUCUGCUUUGGUUGAAUUGUAUUCCAAAUGUGGGCAAAUGGGUGAGGCUUUAAAAGUGUUUGAGGAGUUUCAACGGCCGGACACGGUACUAUGGACUUCCAUGGUUACUGGGUAUCAGCAGAAUAAUGAUCCUGAAGAAGCAUUAGCGCUCUUCUCACAAAUGGUGAAGAUGGACUGCGUUGUUCUGGACCCUGUGACAUUGGUUAGCGUAGUUUCUGCUUGUGCUCAGUUGUUGAAUGUUAAGGCUGGAAGCUGUGUUCAUGGUCUUGUGAUAAGGCGGGGGUUUGAUGGUGACCUGCCUCUGGUUAAUUCAUUGUUGAAUUUAUAUGCAAAGACGGGUUGUGAUAAAAUUGCAGCUAAUUUGUUUUCCAAGAUGCCAGAAAGGGAUGUGAUUUCAUGGAGUACUAUGAUUGCUUGCUAUGCUACUAAUGAGGCAGCCAAUGAAGCAUUAAAUCUUUUCCAUGAGAUGAUUGAGAAGAGAUUUGAACCUAAUUCAGUUACUGUGGUUAGUGCAUUGCAAGCAUGUGCAGUUAGUCGUAAUCUAGAGGAGGGUAAGAAGAUACAUAAAAUUGCUGUUUGGAAAGGUUUCGAGCUUGAUUUUUCAGUUUCUACAGCUCUAAUUGAUAUGUACAUGAAGUGCUCCUGCCCUGAUGAAGCAGUUGAUCUCUUUCAAAGGCUGCCUAAGAAAGAUGUAGUUUCUUGGGUUGCUUUGUUAAGCGGGUAUGCACAAAAUGGAAUGGCGUACAAGUCAAUGGGGGUGUUCCGCAAUAUGCGGUCAGAUGACAUUCAACCUGAUGCUGUUGCUGUGGUGAAGAUUCUAGCAGCUUCUUCAGAAUUAGGGAUUUUUCAGCAAGCUCUUUGCCUUCAUGGUUAUGUGGUUAGAAGUGGCUUCAAUAGCAAUGUUUUUGUUGGAGCUUCACUAAUUGAAUUGUAUUCAAAAUGUGGUAGCUUGGGUGAUGCAGUCAAGUUGUUCAAAGGAAUGAUCGUAAGAGAUGUUGUCAUCUGGAGUUCGAUGAUUGCCGCUUAUGGGAUUCAUGGCCGAGGUGGAGAAGCUCUAGAAAUAUUUGACCAGAUGGUUAAGAAUUCAACUGUUAGGCCUAAUAAUGUCACAUUUCUCUCAAUUUUGUCUGCUUGUAGCCAUUCAGGUUUGGUUGAAGAAGGGCUCAAGAUAUUUGACAGAAUGGUGCAUGAUUACCAACUGAAGCCUGAUUUGGAGCACUUUGGGAUAAUGGUUGAUCUCCUUGGCCGCAUUGGACAGUUAGGUAAGGCCAUGGACAUUAUCAACCGUAUGCCAAUUCCAGCUGGUCCCCAUGUUUGGGGAGCUUUGCUUGGUGCUUGCAGGAUUCAUCACAAUAUUGAGAUGGGAGAAGUUGCAGCAAAGAAUCUAUUCUGGUUAGAUCCAAGUCAUGCAGGGUAUUACAUCCUGUUAUCAAAUAUCUAUGCAGUGGAUGGUAAAUGGGAUAACGUAGCUGAACUCAGAACACUUAUAAAGGAGAGGGGGUUGAAGAAGAUGUUUGGGCAGAGUAUGGUUGAGGUUAGGGGUGGGGUCCAUAGUUUCCUAGCUAGUGAUAGAUUUCAUCCAGACUCUCAGAAGAUAUAUGAACUGCUAAGAAAAUUGGAGGCACAAAUGGGUAAGGAGGUUUAUAUCCCUGAUUUGGAUUUUCUGCUUCAUGAUACGGGGGCAGUUUUACACUUUUGAAGUGUUGAUAAAUGGACUUAUUAAAUCCAUUGCGGAUGAUCCAAUUAAAAUCCUGAUAACAAGAGUGUGCUGCUGGAUAUAUCAUCAUGUCUCAGAUUGGCUUUUUCUGGAUAUUUAUUGAAAGAAUAUCUUAUGGAUUUGACAUUUUAUGAACUCAGGCCUCAUUAAUAUCAACGUCAUAUGUUUCUCUGGAUUUGGAAGAUGUUUAAAAGCAGGAAAACCAGUAAGACCAUCUACCGGAUGGUGGUAACCAAUCAACUUUUGCUGUAAAGAAGUGAUCUUUGUUGAAAGCAAUGAGGCUACAAUGUGAGAUGGAUUUUUGUUUCACGAGAAUUAAAAUUGUCUGCAACACAGUUGAUCAGGAGAAAGAGUUUGAUAUCAAGAUAAGAGGAGAAGAUUAUUUAUCAAGUAGGUUAAAGAUAUAAUCGCCAUGUUUCUUUCCAGAUCAUGCUACGCAGAGGCCUCAAGUUCAACCACCCUUACCAAUUACAAGCUGUACUUUGGCAACCCAUAUUCCCUGGAAAGCGAAAGCUGUUUAUAUGCGAGCCCAUUUCAGAUGGCUUGGCCAUUUCUGGGAGAUUUUCCCUACUUAUCCAUUUCAAGCAGCAGACAUGAGUAAAUCCAAUGUUCCAACUCUAGCAAUGAUUGCUAUUUAGAGAAGCUAUCCUUUUGGAAAGUUUCGGAAGACUACAAACAGUCCCCUUCUCGAAGAAAAAUGCUUUCCUGAGGAGAUUAUUAUGUGUUUAUCAGCCAUGGUGAUUGUUUAGAGAUGAAAGCGAGAGAUUGUAUUGAGCCCAGUCCAAAAUCCUCACACACUUCCUAAAUAGGCUGAUGCUCAUGCUCUGUUUUUUGGUUCCUGAGGUUGCAAAAACCCCAAAUCUUCAACAUCAAAUGUCACCAAAUCAAGUUUGCUUAUGUCUAGACAGAAGAUUUUAAUGGAAUUCAGCUCUUCAAGAUAGCUAGAUUGGCAGAUAUUGCAGCUCACAAUUUCGCCAGACAAAUUUUCCUUAAAUGUAUCUCCUAAAUUGCUAUAUUUAAUUGGAGGGAAGCUUCUUAUGUAUUACCUUGUAUAUCAGUCAUUUUUUGAAAGAAACCAGAAAUAAUUUUUGGGCAUAGAUUGAAUUUGGUAUUCAUCUGUAUAAAUGACUGUUUAAAUUUUGGUCAUAGAAACUUUUCCCUUCAUUUCCCUUUAUUGCAACAAUGUCCACUUGUCCCUUCCUUCACUAGCAAAUUAUUUUCCCAGCAACCAAAUCACUCACUGAGUGACACCACCUUUCUCAUUUCUCAGAAGUUAUUGUCCUUGUUUUGCAGGCAGUGCAUCAAAGCUACCGAAAGUAAAUAUAAAACCAUAGGCAGUGCCCCUAGUACAGAUACGUUCUCAUGGUACCAUCCCUCCAUUUAUUUCAAUUCUUUUGGCGUUCUAAUUUAUAUAUAUUUGGAUGAGAACCCUUUUCAAUCAACUUACUCCCAUCAAUCUUGCCGCCACACUUUGUAACCGUUUUUCAAACUCUAACCACCUUUGCACCUCCAUCUCUGCUUCGCCGAACUUGCCCAUUAAUCAGAUUGCCCAUAUUAUUUGUUGUGUCUUGCAAGAAUGCACCAGCUUCAGUUGUCUCAAGAAAACCCAUGCAAAGAUUUUUGCUUAUGGGCUCCAAUACGACUCACGUAUAUUAACUAAAUUUGCCAUUAUGUAUGUUUCAUUCAAUAGAAUUGAUGCUGCGAGCAUCGUAUUUGAAGAUAUACCCCACCCAUGUAGUUUUCUUUGGAAUGUUAUGAUAAGGGAAUUUGCCACUGAUGGCCGGUUCCUCAGUUCUCUGGAACUGUAUUCCAAGAUGAUGGAAAAGGGCCUAAAACCCGAUAAGUUUGCUUUUCCUUUUGCACUCAAAUCUUGUGCAGGAUUGUCUGAUUUGCAGAGGGGUAAAGUGAUUCACCAGCAUUUGGUGUGUUGUGGAUGCAGCAACGAUCUAUUUGUUGAUGCGGCUUUGGUUGAUAUGUAUGCGAAAUGUGGGGAUAUUGAAGCUGCCCGGUUGGUGUUUGACAAAAUGGCCGUGAGAGAUUUGGUUUCUUGGACUUCGAUGAUUUCUGGGUAUGCCCACAAUGGUUAUAAUAGUGAGACAUUGGGGUUCUUUGAUCUUAUGCGUAGUUCUGGGGUGAUACCGAAUCGGGUUAGUAUUUUGAGUGUUCUUCUUGCUUGUGGUAAUAUGGGAGCUUUGAGGAAAGGUGAAUGGUUCCAUAGUUAUGUGAUACAAACAGGGUUUGAGUUUGAUAUCUUGGUUGCGACCGCUAUAAUGGACAUGUAUUCUAAGUGUGGCAGUUUGGAUUUGGCCCGUUGUUUGUUUGAUGAAACAGCAGGAAAAGAUUUAGUUUGCUGGAGUGCCAUGAUUGCAAGCUAUGGAAUUCAUGGUCGUGGAAGGAAGGCAAUUGAUCUUUUUGAUCAAAUGGUAAAAGCAGGAGUAAGGCCUAAUCAUGUAACAUUCACUUGUGUUCUGUCAGCUUGCAGCCAUUCAGGGUUGCUAGAAGAAGGCAAGAGGUAUUUUCAAUUGAUGACAGAGGAGUUUGUAAUGGCCCCAAAACUCAGUAAUUAUGCAUGUAUGGUGGAUCUUCUUGGUCGUGCAGGACAGCUUUCUGAAGCAGUGGACCUCAUAGAGAAUAUGCCCAUGGAACCUGAUGCAAGCAUAUGGGGUUCUUUGCUUGGUGCAUGCAGAAUUCACAAUAAUCUAGAUUUAGCAGAGAAAAUUGCAGACCAUCUUUUUCACCUAGACCCAGUACAUGCUGGCUAUCAUGUUUUACUCUCUAACAUCUAUGCUGCAAAAUCUAGAUGGAACGAGGUCGAGAAGGUGAGAAAGAUGAUGGCUAGAAGGGGAGCGAAUAAAAUUCAGGGAUUUAGUUUGGUCGAGUAUGAUAACCAAGUUCAUAAGUUUGGGGUAGGAGACAGAUCACAUCCUCAAUGGGAGAAGUUGUAUGCUAAGCUUGAAGAGUUGGCUGCACCAAUGAAACACUUGGGGUAUGUCCCCUUAACGGAUUUUGUUCUCCAUGAUAUUGAGGAAGAAGCAAAAGAGGCAGCUCUUUCCUACCACAGUGAGAGGCUGGCAAUUGCAUUUGGGCUCAUCAACACUAGUCCGGGGACUACUCUUCGCAUCACAAAGAAUCUAAGGAUUUGUGGAGAUUGUCAUAAUGCCAUCAAGCUCAUCUCAAAAAUUGUUAAUCGGGUCAUCCUUGUGAGGGACAUGCACCGGUUUCAUCGUUUUGAGGAUGGAGUUUGUUCUUGUGGGGAUUAUUGGUAACUACAUUGGGUUGAUCUUAUUCACAUUCCCAUAGGUUUUGACUAAAUAUAUAUGAUUAGUUUCAUUCACAUUCCCUCAGGUUUUGACUAAAUACACCUAAUUUUUAUUGGUUUCACUUUUCA